AUGAACAGCCUUCUAGUAGCUCUGUGGAUCAGCGAUAACGCUGGAGCAUGUUUGGGACUGAUAUUGAACUCUAUCCUUCUUUUUACCGUGUUGAAGACAGCUGACAGCAAAACUCGCACGACUUCGUACCUCUUCUUGACGUCGGCGGUGUUUGACAUGCUUUUCAGUUUAACGGAGUUGGCUGUGCAACAUGUAAGCUUUGUUUUUAAAUUUACAAGAAUGCGUUUUUUUCAAAUUGAAAAACUUUGUGACGUCUUAGUUACAUACACUCAAAUAAAAUGGCUGGCGGGAAAAUAAUGCGGAUAUGUCGCAGCAAAUUUUUUUGCCUCCUCGCACUUUCACACGAAAGCCACAGCCGCGGAUAGCCGCCGCGAUGAGCCAUUCCAAAACGCGACAAACCCACAUUAUUUUCCCGACAUACUGCCAGGUUUGGUAAUGUAAAAAAAAAUGACGGUGGCCGUUCAACUUAGUCUUCCAUUUGCAUCAAAUUCGUCAAGUGUACCUUUCUGAGGUCAAGUCUCUUUUCUUCUGAUUUUGGCUGUGAGAAAGGCCUCGUUUGGUCUCCCUUGCUACACAAAUCCACAUUAUUUUCAUAACAGGCUGAUAGAUGUACGGUUUUUAGCAACUUCUUAUCAAAAAUGGAAUUUUUAUGGUAAUGCCGCAUGGCAUUGAGGCAUACUUGGACCCAUGGACCUAUCCUUGGCUAAUGGCACCGCAUGCCGCGUUGGUGGUUCAUUCCAUUCAUAUAUUGCCGGCUCUUUGUCAUUACCGCUACAAGCUGAUCACAUCGUAGGUGCCGAACUUUCUGAAACUCAAGUCAAUGUCGCUUCAGAGGAGCCGUGAUGAAUCCACUUCUAAUUCUCCGGAACAUUGGCUACGCAAGUGCUGCCAGCGUCUGUCUUGGGGCCUUCUUCGGCCUCGGAGCAUACCAAGCAGGCCUUCGAGGGUAUCAGCAUUACGUCCCAUACGUUACUCCGGAGUGGUUCGCUGAGGACGGCACGACCCCGUUCAGAUACGCUUGCGAUAUGGUGAGAGACUUUAUGACGUUUGGUUUGUCAACAGUCCUUGCUUGUGGUGUAUGUAUAGAUGAAUAUUGCGCGGCUAAUGGGACUUUCAUUUUUUGUAGCGCGACUGGGCAACCGUCGUUUUCUUUUACGGUAGCUCGGUAUCUGCCACCACUUCAAUCUAUCUGGCUGGACGCUACACGGUACAGGCUUGGAAGGCAGUGAAUACUCAACACUCUAGCGAGCGAACAAAGGAACUUCAACGACAAUUCACUCGAAGCCUGAUCGCUCAGGUAAAGUAUGCGACAAAGCCCUGUCAAAGAAUUACAGCGGAGCCCACAUUCUUAGUAGCAAAACCUCUGUAUUGCGAAAAGUAUCAGCGGCCCUAAGGUCAACUUCAGGCUAUUAAAAGACCUCCGUACACCAACCCGUUGUAACAACAAUUUUGAAUUGACUACAAUUUGUUGUAUAUACAAAAGUCUGAUCUCUGAUACACUUUACACUUUCAGACGGUGAAUGCCGGCAUUUUUGCCAUCUUCCCCGUCUCUCUGACCACAAUCUCAAUGCAAUUAAGACUGGACGCCGACAUGAUCGGAACAAUUGUGAUGUCCCCGCUGAGUUGGCUUCCCUCGGCCAAUGCGCUGUUGACCAUCUUUUUGAUCAAGGCUUACCGUCACUAUGUCCUGCGUAUGAUCUGCAUUAUGCCCUUGCGUUUUAGCGGCGGUAGCACAAAGAUUUGGACGACAUCAACUGGCGACCACGGUCUUUCUGGACAGCAUUCUCAACAGAAUUCAUGAUGACACGGUUUAG